UCUAAUUAUUGCAUAAUUUUUAAAGGUUCACGUAGGCUGCAUUCCACCAAUGUGCGACUUCCUGACGGUCGUUGAUUCAGACAUCGUUCAAGUGGCUUUAAACGCACUUGAAAAUAUUCUGAAGGCCGGAGAAAAAUUUGCUGCUCGUCCAAAUCCAUAUGCAAUGGCCAUCGAAGAAUGUGGAGGUUUAGACAAAAUUGAGUACCUGCAGUCCCAUGAAAAUCGCGACAUUUAUUACAAAUCAUUUUACAUAAUUGAACAAUAUUUUAGUAACGAAGAAGAAGAUUCGCGUGUGGCACCUACUGAAGAAGAAACACAAUACACAUUUAAUCCAAACGUUGAUACGCCAAAGGGUGGAUUUUUAUUUUAGUCCUAUAGUGUUUUCGAAAAACGUGGUUUUGAAUUUUAUUAAGUAACGGAGGUUCGUGUAUAUUUCUGAUCAAUACCUUAAGUAAUUUUAUUCAAAAUAUAAUUUUUGUUAUUAUCUUUUAACAAAGUAGCAGUUUUUCAGAUAUUUUGCUUCUUUAAGCUUAGUAUCUAGCUCUAAAGAAAUAGUUUUCAUUGUUUCUGUCGCUUGCAUGCAGGCAAGUAAUAACAAACUUUAGAGAAUUGUAGAACAAAAAUCUGCAUACUAACAGCAUGAACCUGAAUUCAAAAAUGAUGCUUGAAAAAAAUUUCUUAUUCAAUUCUUGAGUGCUUUUUAUUUGAAAUUUGGUUUUUCUUAAGAGCUGGAUACUAUGUAAGUUUAAAUGUAAAAAUAAGAUGAAAUGCAUAUAUAUAUUUCGUAAAAUCAAUGUUCUUUUGGUUUGCAUUUGUUGUACUUUAGUUACUUUAAUAAUGUUUUAGAAUUGUUGCACCUUAGUCUUUCAAUAAAAGGUAUCUUGAAAU